AUGUACGCUCCGUCCACCACUACUGCGAGUACAACAACGUCACCAACGGACGCAAUACAGCGCUCUGGACACAUAUGUGAGUGUCUUGCGCAAACCUCCAAAGUCAUCCAAGCUUUUUCCGAUUCCAUCUCGUCCCCAACAUCUUCACAGGUCUUCAUGUCAGUCGACGAUGUCUUGUGCAAAGGGAGCGCACUGGUGGACCACUGGGAAAGCUUGCAUGCCUGCCCGGAUGCAGAGACACACCUAGAUGCACCCCUUCUCCAGGCGAUGAUAAAUGCUGCGGUACAGAUGACGGCGCUGUACGAGGCCGCGGUUGAAUGUAUGCUCGGUAAUGGCGGGGACGAGGCCAGGGAUCAACAACCCCAUGGCGGGGCAGGCUCACGAGACACUCGCAGCAACGGCACUGCCGUGCAAGAUCAACCUGCCUUUGUUGUCACGAAGGUCUCAGCCCGCCUGGGUAGCAUGCUGCUAGAUGAGGAGCAGACAGAGGUCGUGGCCCGGGUGGCUCUGCGCCACGAAACGAUGAGGUUGGGACAGAUGUUGCAUGAUAUCGAGGAGGAUAUGAGCACCAUGCGUGAGCGUGAUGCAUCGGCCGAGGCGGGUCACCUUGAUGGUGAUGUUCGGAAGGUGAGGCAGACUACGGACUUGUUGCUUCGGAUUCUUGGCAGAAUCAAUUGUCAGUGA